CGUGUUUGAGUUUAUUCGCACGAGAAGAAACUCACACACACUGCAACACACUCGAAUAGAAAAGAUCUGUCAAAGUCUUGGGAUUCAUCUGAAAUGGAAAGUCUUUGGGAAUCCAUAAAAAUGGUUUUGGACAAUAAUUAUAGUAAUUAGGUUAAAGUUAUGUAUGCCAAUACGCGACUUUUUGCAAUUGAAUUGUUUCGAUUGAACUCUAGUACUUACGCAAACGAUAGACACCAUGGUGCAGUGUCAUCCACCGUUGGAAAUACAGGAAUUGCCAAAAGAAGACGAAGAAAGGCUAGAAAAACUCUUUUCUAAAUUAGAUGCCGAUGGAAAUGGUAAAAUUGACAUCCAUGACUUGUCUGUGGCCCUGAAGGAAUUGGCACCGCACAUCAACCGGAGUUAUGCAGAGAAGUUUCUCGCUAAAACUGGAAAAGAUCCAGGGGAUGUUACUCUCUCAGAAUUCAUACAUUAUGUACGAGAACAUGAAAAAAACCUUCGGCUGCAAUUCUCCCAUCUUGACAAAAACAAAGAUGGCAAAGUUGAUCUUGAAGAACUUAUAUCGGCUUUUGCUGAUCUGGGUAUCGCGAUUGGUAGAAAUGAAGCUACUAAUCUACUGAAAAGAAGAGCUGGUUACGCAAAAUAUUGGUGGAUGGAUCAAGACGGCAGUCUGAAUAUCAGCUAUGACGAAUGGCGGGACUACUUGCUGCUCGCGCCGGCGACGGACAUACACGCUCUCAUACACUUCUGGCGACAUUCGACGUACCUGGACAUCGGAGAAGACAUGAACGUGCCAGAUGAUUUCACUCAGAGUGAGCUGCAGUCCGGUAAAUGGUGGAGGCAUCUGCUGGCCGGUGGAAUAGCUGGCGCCGUUAGCAGAACAUGCACUGCCCCCCUAGAUAGACUUAAAGUAUUUUUGCAGGUUAAUCCUACUAGAGAAAAUAUGACUAAGUGCUUAGCUAAAAUGAUAAGCGAGGGUGGUAUCAGUGGGCUGUGGCGGGGGAACGGUAUUAAUGUUAUAAAGAUAGCCCCCGAGUCCGCACUCAAGUUCGCCGCGUACGAGCAAGUCAAGAAAUUAAUAAAGGGCGAGAAGAGAAACCAGCCUCUCGAAAUAUACGAGCGAUUCGUGGCUGGCGCCAGCGCGGGAGCCAUAAGCCAAACUGUGAUCUAUCCCUUGGAGGUGCUAAAGACGAGACUAGCUUUAAGGAAGACGGGCCAGUACGCCGGCAUAAUGGACGCGGCCAAGAAGAUAUACGCUAGGGAGGGUCUCAAGUGUUUUUACAAAGGAUACAUUCCAAACAUCCUUGGUAUUGUGCCUUACGCUGGUAUCGAUCUCGCGGUCUACGAGACGUUGAAGAAGAAGUAUAUCAACAAGUACCAGAAGAAUAACGAGCAGCCGGGCAUGCUGCUGCUGCUGGCCUGCGGUAGUACCUCGUGCACCCUGGGUCAAGUCUGCUCCUACCCCUUGGCGCUGGUGCGGACGAGGUUGCAGGCUCAAGAGAAAGCCGCGAAAGGCGCCGAGGGCACGAUGCGCGGUGCGUUCCGCGAGAUCGUCCAGCGCGAGGGACUGACGGGCCUGUACCGCGGCAUCACACCCAACUUCAUCAAGGUCAUACCGGCCGUGUCCAUAUCCUACGUCGUCUACGAGUACGCUAGCCGCUCGCUCGGUGUUAAUAUGACGUGAAACCUCGGGCCUACUGUUCUGCUUAUUUACAGCAAAAUAAUCAUUGAAUAUGUAUAUGGUUUUGCGUUCACCUCAUGCGCGGUCCGAGGCGGUCGCAGACAAUGACACCCUCAACAUCUAGUGUGAGUCUCUGUUUCGACGUAGGUAUCGUGCCUUUAACAAUUCGAGUCCUCCCCCUCCUCCCCCUCCUCCUCAAACUCGCGAAAACAAAACUUUGACUGCGACCGCAUCAGGUUCACACAUGCCCAUAAGAGGAAGAAAUCUACCGAAACUCCUAAGCCCUUUCAGAGCCUCGUCACAUUUUAAUUUAAGCCUUAGCGAAUUUUGUAUGUCAUUGUAAAUAGCAGUGGUUAUAUUAAGAUUAUUUAUUGUGAAUUCCAUUACUAUUCGUAUUGUGACUGCAAAUAUGUAACAUAUUUGCGGCUUUAGUUAACACUGUAUUUUAAUUGGUUUAUUCGAGUGAGGUGCCGGCUAACGCGCCGAAACAUCUGUGAUUAAAAUAAACUUUUUUUUU